ACAGUGGUCGCAUUUGUACCUUCCAGUCGUUAUUAUCAGGGCAGCGUCAUUAUUCAAACUAAAAUAUACUACUUAGGUGGUAUAGACAUUACGGGAAAAGGCACAAAUAGUUUGUUCUAUUUGGAUGUUUCUUCUCCAUUCGAUUCCACAAAUCCCAAAUGGACUGAUCUUACUAGUGUCGCACCUAUUCCUGUUAAUAGUGCGUUCGCUCCUUCUUGUGUUGGUGGCAACAACUCUACUAUUUUUUUAUUUGAACAUCAUAAGACAAACAAUGAUAAUUCGACCUCUUUAGUUACUUUUAAUUUCGAUUCAACUUCUCAAAAAUGGUCUGCUCCAACAACAUCAGGCAUUAUACCACCGACCAGAGAAGAUAUGAGGGCAAUUGUUGAUAAAAAUGGUAAAAUAUAUAUCAAUGGUGGAUACGAACCAUAUAUAAACAUGAAAUCAUAUAAUAGUACUUACAUAUUGGACUCUUUGAGCUUAUCUUGGGCUAAUGGUCCUAAUGCUUUGAUAAUUCGAUCUGCUUAUACUGCCACUCUUUUAUCAAGCGGCCUUAUCGUAUAUAUUGGAGGAACAAAUGACGACGGACCAGCAGAAAUUGAUAUGAAUUCACUUUCAAUUUAUAACACGAAUAUUGGAACUUGGUCAUCAAUGACUGCAACUGGCGACGUAAUUGCGGCCCGUCAAUCUCAUUCGGCUGUGCUAAAUAAAAAUGGAUAUAUUAUUAUUUAUGGAGGUGGCGCUAAUAAUUACACUGUUGCUCCAAAUCCUCCUUUGGCUAUAUUGGAUACAAAUUCUGUACCUUACAAGUGGUCUGCCAAAACAUUUACUAGCACGUUUGCACCGCCACCACUUGCCUAUCAUUCAGCUCAAAUAGUUGGGGACUACAUGAUUAUAGCAUUUGGUGUCGGUAUUUUAAAUGCGAAAUUUGACUUAGCAACUGCUCCAAAUAAUAAUAUUUACAUAUUAGACACUACAAAUUAUACAUGGGUUACAUCAAUUGUUUCAACAUCUACUCCUAAUCCUUCUGUUAACGGUUCAAUUAAUCUAGUACCAACAAACACCAAUUCAAAUUCAAAUUCAAAUACCAACUCAAAUACCAACUCAAAUACCAACUCAAAUAAUUCAUCUAAUAAUUCACCUCUUCUAAUUCCAUUAAUUGCUGGUUUAGGCAGCUUACUUGGUGUUUUCAUCAUCGUUGCAAGCAUAAUAGGCAUUGUCUUUUGUUGUAAGAGAAAGCGCCCUGAUCCUGAUUAUAUGAAUUAUAUUCCUACACCAGGCACUAUUAGGAAUGAAAUGUAG